AUCUCUCGUACUCAAACCCUAAUCCCCAAUAAAAACACACUCAAAAACCCUUUUUUUUUUCUUAUUCAUCCUCUAGUUCUUCUUUGACAUUCACAAUGCCUUCAAUUCCAGAAGAGCCAUUGUUGGCACCGAACCCGGACCGGUUCUGCAUGUUCCCAAUCCAAUAUCCUCAAAUCUGGGAAAUGUACAAGAAAGCCGAAGCCUCGUUCUGGACGGCGGAGGAGGUGGACCUCUCGCAGGACCUCCGCCACUGGGACUCCCUGACCGACGGCGAGCGCCACUUCGUCAGUCACGUCCUCGCCUUCUUCGCCGCCUCCGACGGCAUCGUACUUGAGAACCUCGCUGGGCGCUUCACGAAGGAAAUCCAAAUCCCCGAGGCCCGCGCCUUCUACGGCUUCCAGAUCGCCAUCGAGAACAUUCACUCCGAGAUGUACAGCCUCCUCCUCGAAACCUACAUCAAGGACUCCUCCCAGAAGAGCCACCUCUUCCGCGCCAUCGACACCAUCCCGUGCGUUACCAAGAAAGCCCAGUGGGCCCUACGCUGGAUCGAUUCCUCCGACUCCUUCGCCGAGCGUCUCGUUGCCUUCGCAUGUGUGGAAGGUAUCUUCUUCUCCGGAAGCUUCUGCGCUGUCUUCUGGCUCAAAAAACGUGGACUCAUGCCCGGACUCACUUUCUCAAAUGAACUAAUAUCACGCGAUGAAGGUCUUCAUUGUGAUUUCGCUUGUCUUUUAUACUCUCUGCUGAGACAGAAGCUCACCGAGGAGCGCGUAAGGGAGAUUGUGAAGGACGCGGUGGACAUUGAACGGGAGUUUGUGUGCGACGCGCUUCCCUGCGCGUUGGUGGGGAUGAACGGUGAUUUGAUGAGCCAGUACAUUGAAUUUGUUGCGGAUCGGUUGCUGGGUGCGCUAGGGUGCGGGAAGGUGUACAAUGUUCAGAAUCCGUUCGAUUGGAUGGAGCUGAUUUCUCUGCAGGGGAAGACCAACUUCUUCGAGAAGCGCGUCGGGGAAUAUCAGAAGGCUUCUGUUAUGUCCAGCUUGAACGGGAACGGUGGUGGGAGCCACGUGUUCAAGAUGGAUGAGGAUUUCUAAUUUAUUAUUAUGGGAAUGAGAAUUAGGUUUAGGGGCGAAUGCUGAUAAUGAUAGUAUUUCUGUAUUGUUAAAUAUAUUUACGUUUUUUUUUCUUUUUUACUUUUUUAGCAUACUAUUUAUUUUUUUUGUAAUGGUUAUUGUUCAUUUGUUGUUUCUGAUGUCUCUCCUUCAGCAAUGGGAUGAUAAAUUAUACUUUCAGGCUUCGGCUUUAA